AUGGUUAUUCAAUUAUUUAUCGAAGGUCUAAUGAGUGGAUGUUAUCAUAUUUGUCCAUCAAAACAAAAUUUUCAAUUUGAUAAGAGCUUCAUGUUUAUCAUAGAUGUUUUAAAUAUAAUCAAAAUAUAUCAAACAAGACAUCCAGAUAUAAAUCUAUGUUCAGCCGAUGCAUUUUCAUUUUUAGCUGCUAUUAUUCUUAUUACUAUUAUUGGAGUAGUACGUUUAGAAAAUGACAAGAAUUUUUUAAUCUUUUUUCUCUUAAUUUAUUUUGAAUAG